UAUUCAUAGAGAAUUCAAUGAAAAGACAGGGAGAGGAUAUGAAAAGAAACAGCUGAAAAAUAGAUUAGAUAAUUUGAGGAAAGAGUGGAAGACAUUUGAUAAACUAAUUGCUAAGGAGACCGGCAUAGGGUGGGACCCUGAAAGGAACACGGUGGUGGCAUCUGGUGAGUGGUGGGAGAGGAAAUUACGGGAAAAUCCAGCAUAUGAAAAGUUUAGGCACUAUGGGUUAAGGUUUCGCACUGAAUUGGAAACUAUAUUCAAGGACACUAUGGCAUCAGGAGAUGAUAUGCGGGCACCAUCUUGGACCGAGCCUGCACCACAGAGGGGUGAUCAGCCAAAUGACUACCAACCAACAAUGGAUUGGCAAGAAGGUUCAGGGGAUAAUGAAGAAGACAUUGGACGCUGUGCAGGAGUUUCGGACUUUUUGGACGGCAUCAAUUUAACUGCAAACACAUCGAACACUGCAUCCACUGUACCUAGUGCUUCAGGGAGUCAAGGGAAGAGGAAGAGAGGUGAAGGGUUGGACAAGUACAAGAAGCAAAAGAUGCUAGCGACAAGAAGAAUAGCAGAUUCAGUAAGUUCAAUUGAGAAGGCUUCAAUUAGUACAGCAGAGGCAAUAAACAAAAUCUGCAACAGUGAUAACACUACUGAGCUUACUGCUGAUCUAUUGAGUAUGCUUGAAAUAGUCAGUGACUUACAACUUUGUGUGACAUGUUGUAAUCUGCUGGCUAACAAGACAUUCAGGGACAUAUAUGCUGGUUUGAGAGAAAAUCAGGAGGUAUUAGUAGCUUGGUUGAAGCACAAUGCUGCGAACCCCCCGCCAUAUGCUGCACCGAAGAAUCCUUGAGUUGUGCCUAGUGACUUGUUAUGAUUUCUGUUUAUCUAUCAUAAUGUAUUUGGUUAUUGUGUGUCAUGACGAUGUGUUUGAUGGUUGUGUUU